UAAAGAUGCAUACUGUGGUAUGUAGGUAAGGUAGCUUCGUAUGUAUACCAAAUUCCUAUAUGGCCAGGCAUUGGUAGGAACCGCGUUCGUUCUCGAUCAACCAACGACAUGGACAAUUUUACAUACGCGUUGCCGCUGGAGGCCCUGUGACGGGAUGUGAUCGGGCUGUGGUUCGGCACCGGAUGCACCUGGUCGUCUUCCAGCGUUGCCCCCAGCUGAGUGCGCUCACCGGUCGACCAUUCCGUCCCGCUUUCCAGAAGGCCCCAUUUUCUGGAUUUCGAUCAAUCCACCAAUCAGUGCUGGUGAUGGGGGCUGUUCGGGCCUUGGACCCCGGCCCCACUCCUCAGUACCAAGCCGCGGAAUGCGCCCGCCCGGCCCCGACCGGGUGGCUUGAUUGGCGAAUGCAGCAAAAGAGGGCACCGGCCAUGUGUUUGGGGGGAGCCCCUGUCACUUGCAAUCUUGCCUGUCAUUCAGCUCGUGGCAUGGGAUCCGACCACACAUCAACCGGGGAGGACCGAGCGCUCGGGUUCUCGGGCAAGGUUUUCCGUGAGGGUGGUUGUUCCAUGGCGGUGGUGAAUUAUGUAUGUACUGUACACUACUGUGCGGAGUAUGUACGGAGGGAUUUCAGUACUCAUGAGCGAGGUGUUUUUGAGCAACUUAUCUCCCAUCAAAGAGGCACGCGAAUGUAUGUACAUCGAAUUGGUUAUCUGGCAAAAAGAACGCAUCCGAGUCUGGAGUCAAGCUGCCGCGACGGUCAAACCCGAUUGCGGAUUUCCUUACUCUGUACGUACUGUUGGGUAUUUCCCGGGCCGCCCUAGUCUACCAGAGUGCCGAAGGGGAAAACGCUGCACGAUUCUCCGUACCUUUGUGCCGCAGUCACUGAGAGUUACAUAGCAAUGAUCGUCAGAACUUUUGAUAGAUCAGAGACCUUAAUAUACACUAAUGUACUGUACCGCUGUCGCGUAGUUUAAUGGGUUGCGGUGGGACUUGGUCUGGAGGAAAUAUUGCCAGUGGUCCGCCCGAACCCCUUCGGGAGCCCGUGUCGGCGGCGCGUCCGUUUUUUGGACAGGCGCGCCGACGCAUUCCAGGCCGUGUUCAGGCCCUCAGACAUAACGUGGUGUAGACUACAUAGUGUAUGUAUGUACAUGUAUCCGUAGUAUAGCAAGACGAGCCCGCGAAAGGCCUCUCCGUUGGUGAGUGG